UCUAUUUAUGGCGGUUUCCUUUUAUUUGCGACGCUGAGCCGAGAACUCGUACACAUACUGAGUUCGUCAUUCUUGAGAAGCAAAUUAAUAAGAACAAGAGAGAUGGCAACAGUGAAAAGGAUCAAGCUGGGCUCACAGGGUCUUGAAGUAUCAGCACAGGGACUUGGAUGCAUGGGCAUGUCUGCCUUCUACGGUCCUCCAAAGCCUGAAUCGGACAUGAUCGCCCUCAUCCACCAUGCUGUCAACACCGGGGUCACUCUACUCGACACCUCUGAUGUCUAUGGACCCCACACCAACGAAAUCCUUCUGGGCAAGGCCUUGAAGGCGGGAGGAUUACGACAGAGAGUUGAAUUGGCCACCAAAUUUGGCAUCAGCUUUAAGGAUGGCACUUUCGAGGUUCGAGGGGAUCCUGCUUAUGUGAGAGCUGCUUGCGAGGCCAGCUUGAAACGCCUUCAACUUGACUGCAUUGAUCUUUAUUACCAACAUCGCAUUGAUACCAGCGUACCUAUUGAAGCCACGAUGGGGGAACUCAAGAAACUAGUUGAAGAAGGUAAAAUAAAGUAUAUAGGUCUGUCUGAGGCCUCUGCUUCAACAAUCAGAAGAGCUCACGCUGUUCAUCCGAUAACAGCCGUGCAGUUGGAGUGGUCACUGUGGUCUAGAGAUGUGGAGGAAGAGAUUGUUCCUACCUGCAGAGAACUUGGCAUUGGGAUUGUUGCUUACAGUCCUCUAGGACGGGGAUUCUUUUCCACUGGGCCUAAGUUGGUUGAGAGCCUUACAGAUGGUGACUUCAGAAAGGGUUUGCCCCGGUUCCGACCUGAAAAUCUUAAACAUAAUACACAACUAUUUGAGCGGGUUAAUGAAAUCGCAGCAAGGAAACAGUGCACUUCAUCUCAGCUGGCGUUGGCCUGGGUACACCACCAGGGUGAUGAUGUAAGGGGAGAUCGGUAUGGCGAUGGCCUGUCUACAUUCAAGCAUUCAGAUACUCCACCUCAUACAUCAUGGAAAGCUGUGUAGAAGGCAUGCUGCCAUGCCAUGCUGUCUUGCUUCUACUCGUGGAUUUCAGCUCCCUUUGAAGUCUUAGAAAACUGUAGUAGUUUGUACACUAUCUGAACUUCUGAAGAGAAUAAGAGUUUGUACACCAUCUGAACUUCUGAAGAUAAUAAAUGUUUUCGUAAUCUAAACUUAUUGCAACUUUCUUUUAGCUUUGCUAUAAAAAGAUGGUGUUCCUUA